AUGGUGACCCGAUACUGUGUCCUCUCAUUCACGUCUAUUGGUAACAUUGGCAACAAAUGCCGCAGUGACGCCCAACAUGGCGAGAGGAGUGAAGAAAGUGUGACUCGGGCUUGUGCCCUUGUCGGUAAACUUACACAACCCAGUCGGGCUGGGAGGCCUGCAAGCCUGAGCCGAGUUGACCUCCAGAAUGAGGAACAGGGAAAUGUGUGA